AAUCACAAUCAUCGAACUUCUUCUGAUCAGCCUCAUGUCGUCGUUGUUCUUGACCAGGUCUUGGCGUUUGACUAGUCCAUCCAGAUGUUGGUCCGUGCUUCCCCGUAGUACUGUGCCACCCACAACCAGGUUGGGUCCAGGUAAAUUGGUCGUCCCUCCUCACUUCAUGAAGUGAAGCCACCAAUCAUGCUUACAUAAAUCUACAAACCCCUGAAAGCGCCAUGAGAUUAAUAGCAUUAUAUGCAUCAUGAACCAAGACGAUGAGCCCGCCCCUUUGUCUGCCCGAUGUUUUUUGCGGCCGAGAAGCUGGCUUCGUGUCCAGGUGUAAUUAUGAGCAAUACUUGAUCCAUCAUCGCCUGACGUGUUUGUCUCUGAGUUCGUGCCGCACCCUGCAAGUGUCGGUCCAUAGCAGUGGGAUCACGGAUUUGGACGUGGACACGUGUGAAUCCAGAUAUGCCUUGGCGGGUGCGGCGAAUGGCACCCUCUACAUCCAUGAUUUAUGGGACACGCGCGCGGCGGGGCGACCCCAAUUUACGGCCCAAGUGGUGGCUCAUGUGGGCAAGAGCCAUCGACAUGCCCAUAAAUUUAGUAUCGAGUGUGUGCAAUGGUAUCCGCAAGAUCAUGGCCUUUUCCUCACCAGUGGAAUGGAUAAGUGCCUCAAGGUGUGGGACACCAAUAUGCUCACACCGGCUGAUCAAUUCCAAUUCGUGGGCAAAAUUCAUUCCCAUCACAUGAGUCACAUUGGAGGUCAUCAUUUGAUAGCCGUGGCCACGAACGUCAAUCACGUUCAUCUCAUCGAUAUCAAAUCCGGAGCCAACACCCACGAGCUCCGGGGCCAUCAAGGUCAGGUUUUAUCGUGUCAGUGGUCGAACCGGGACUCGAACCUUCUCGCCACGGGCAGCUCGGACAAGAAGAUUUAUCUGUGGGACGUUCGCAAUGCUCGCAAGCGAUUGAAAUGUCUGGAUUACAACCAUAUUGGUGGCCAGAAAGCAUCGAAACUUCCCGCCUCCGAGGGUCUUUCUCAUGAUGGGAGUGUCAACGGACUCAAGUUCUCAGCCUCCGGUCUGAAUCUGAUCUCAUUCGGCCGAGAUGGCCGAGUGAGAGUGUGGGACGUGGCGUCUGGACGCAAUCUGAAGUGCAAGUUUCCUCGGUUCUUGAACAAAACCAAAAGCUAUGUGAAAUUCGAUGUGUGUGGCGAUAUCAUGGCCAUUCCCAGUCAGUCUGUCAUCUACACCCUGAAUAUGCGCGAUGACUCCGUGGUUCAAGAACUGAGUGGACACUAUAUGAAUGUGAAUACGUGCGUGUUUCGUCCGGAUGCUCAAGAGCUCUUGAGUGGUGGGGAUGACCGCAACGUGCUGAUUUGGGAUCCCAAUGAGAGGACCAACAAAGCCUAUCAAGAACACUUACAAGCCAAAAGGCCUGUGGGCGAUAACAUGCUGAAAGAGACAACAGUGGAUCAAAGUCAACCUUCGACCAUUGACACGUGGAGCGAUGAUGAGAGCGACGAUUCGAAUUGAACCAUCUGUUUGAUGGGAUGACAGUGAAAUAAAAUAUGCGAUUCCACGUUUGAGGUUCCAGAGCGACCAAUCUGAAGAGACUGAUUUAGCCACCAAGUCUUACAUUAAAAAUCAUCCAGAACUGCAGAAAGUCUUGGCGGAUAUCUACAAAAAGAUUGACAAAACGGACGAAA